GCGGUGCCGCGGUGGGCGCGGCUGAGCCAGCUCGGCGGGGGCGCGGCGCACCUUGCUCCCGCGUCCCGGCCAGCCGCGUCGGUCCCUCCCCGCGCCCCCGCCCGCCCGGACGCCUCCGGUCGCUUCCGUCCUCUCCUCUCGGCACGGCCGCUGAUCCUCGCCAAGCCCGCGUGGGAGGACGAUGGGUCAGCGCGGAAAAAGUGAAUGAGGACGGCGGCGCCGCAGCCAGCGCCUCACUCGGCCGGCAGAGCCCGGAGCGCAGCCCGCCGGCUCCAUGGACGCGCCGCACGCACUGGCGGCCAAGCCCCCUACCGGAAGGAAGAUGAAGGCCCGUGCUCCACCACCUCCUGGAAAGCCUACUGCCCAGAGUGUCCACAGUGAACAGAAACUGCCUCAUGAUGCCACACUGGGUUCACAGCAAAGCCUGGUCCACAUGAAGGAGGGACUACAGAAUAGCACCUUGGACAUCACUGUGGUCCUGCCCAGUGGACUGGAGAAACAGAGUGUGGUCAGUGGAAGCCAUGCCAUGAUGGACCUUCUGGUUGACCUCUGCCUUCAGAACCACCUGAAUCCUUCUCAUCAUGUCCUGGAGAUCUGGUCUUCUGAGACCCAACAGCCCUUGAGUUUUAAGCCAAAUACUUUGAUUGGGUCCUUGAAUAUACAUACUGUACUUCUGAAAGAAAAAGUUCCUGAAGAGAAACUUAAGCCUGGCCUACCCAAGGUGCCUGAGAAAUCCGUGCGUCUGGUCGUGAAUUACCUGAGAACGCAGAAAGCUGUCGUGCGUGUGAGCCCUGAGGUGCCUCUGCAGAAUAUUCUGCCAGUCAUCUGUGCAAAGUGUGAGGUCAACCCGGAUCACGUGGUUCUGCUCCGGGACAAUGUUGCUGGGGAGGAGCUGGAGCUGUCCAAGUCCCUGAAUGAAUUAGGGAUAAAGGAGCUGUAUGCGUGGGACAACAGAAGAGUUCCUCUGACCAAAACGCAGUCUGAGCCUUCUCUGAGCUGUCAAGAAGUGUUCAGGAAAUCAUCGCUUGGCAAUGAUGAGACAGAUAAAGAGAAGAAAAAAUUUCUGGGAUUUUUCAAAGUUAAUAAAAGGAGCAGCAGUAAGGCUGAGCAUCUCGGGCUGUCGGGUGCAGAUAGUGAUGAGGACCCCUUGAAGUCAGCGUCUGGAGGGAACUUGAACGGCUGCUUGACAACACCCAACUCACCGUCCAUGCAUUCUCGGUCCCUAACACUGGGUCCCUCCCUCUCACUGGGCAACAUCUCUGGAGUGUCUAUGAAGUCAGAAAUGAAGAAGCGCCGAGCCCCUCCUCCUCCAAGUCCAGGACCCCUGGGUCAAGACAAAACAUCAGAAAAGGCCUCACUCAGCUCACAGGCUGAUCUACAGAAGAAGAAGCGGCGGGCGCCAGCUCCUCCUCCACAGCCACCGCCACCAAGUCCUGUGGUCCCCAGCCGCAAGGAGGAUAAGGAAGAGAACAGGAAGAGUACAGUGGGUGUUGGACGUCAGGUGCCACAAAAGCCUCCCAGAGGCACAGCCCGGGGCCCACCCCAGUUAGUGCUCCCCCCGCCCCCACCCUACCCUCCUCCUGACACAGAUGUGACAGAGCCUGUCACCUUUCCUGGGGAAGGCGCUGGUUCCGAGACCUCAGAGCUGAGACCCAAACUGAGCCUGCCCCUGGGGCCUGGCAGCCACUGCAGCAUGGGAGGAGUCUCACAGGUGCCACCAGAGGCUGAGGAGACAGCAUCUGUGGGCAGCUGUUUUGCAUCCGAGGAUACAACCGAGGACUCGGGGGUGAUGAGCUCUCCCUCAGAUGUCAUCUCUCUGGACUCACAACAAGACAGCAUGAGAUCUAAGGAUAAAUGGGCCACAGACCAGGAGGACUGCAGCGACCAGGACCUAGCUGGAACUCCAGAACUGGCUCCCCAAAAGAGCCCAUCACGGGGGAAAAAUGGCUCUGGGAACUCAAUUCUAAGAAACGAGAAAGUCACCAUGCCUCCAAAUGAUGAUGAAGACCUAUUCAUUACUGGACACCUCCAUCAAACCCUGGCAGAACUUGAUGGAGACCUGGAAGGAAUGGAAGAAAAUUAUGAAACAGAUACCAGCUCUCUAACCAGCUCCAUAAAUGGUGUGUCUAACCACAGUCUGCAAGAAGCCAUAAUCCCUGAUAAUGGCAUGGAUGACAUCCCAAUUACAUUUAUUGGGGAGGUUUCUGAUGAGCCUGUUGACUCAGGACUGUUCCCCAGCAGAAGCAACAAUGCGGCUACUUUUAACACAGAGGGCAUUGCCAGCCAAAGAUCUCACCUGUCCCCAUUUCAGACUGAGCAUAGCCAGCCCCAUGUAAGGACAAAUAGAAAAGAGCCUGACCCCUCCCCUCCUUCCCAAGAUGUCAGAAAGAGAAAUCAGUCAUCAACCUUAGCCAAUACUUCUGAAGAUGAGAAUCUGAUGGAAAGAGAUCCCAGAGGUACUUCAUUUGUUUCAAAGCUUUUUAUAGAUGACCUAAAAGCGAAGGAUAAAGGCAAGGGGCAUGGAUCUACUCACAGCCAGAAGACACAGGCAGGUCCCGGAGUAAAUUCACUGCCAGUGAAUCAAAAAGAUGGUGAGGAGGAAAACCCCAUCUCAGCACUACCACUAUGGUCUCAGCAUGGCCAGGCCUCAGGGGGAAGCUAUGGACUCAAGUAUGGCCUCACUACAUAUAAAAUUGUCCCUCCCAAAUCAGAGAUGAGGUAUUAUGACAGGGAUGUGUCCCUCUCCACUGGUGCCAUUAAGAUUGAUGAACUAGGGAAUCUGGUGAGUCCACACAUGAAUGGGAGCAGGACCAUAUCCCGGUCAUCAGCUGUUGUCGAAACGGAUGCACAGCCUAUUGGAAAAGUCAAAGAGUUCUGGAGGCGUAACUCAAUGGAAAAAUACCUGAAUGGGCCAGCAGCAGAGUGUACAGCCAAAAGCGCUCCCUCCACUGCCACCACUGCCACACCAGCAAAACCACAGCAGGAAAAUGGACUGAAGGCAACCUUCACAACGCCCACUCCCCAGCAACAGCCUGCCCCACAGGAAUAUGGGGCCCACCUGGAGGAAGAAAGAAGCCGGCCACGGUCAGCAGUCUCUUGUCAUGUGAAAGUGCCAGCGGCUAACCCCGCAGAAGUCACAUUCCUCAAGCCUCAGAGAAGAACAUCCAGCCAGUACGUGGCCUCUGCUAUUGCCAAGAAGAUGGGGCCUCCAAGAGUCCAUGCUGAUGUGGUGAGACCACAUAAAAAGACGGCUGAAAAGGGUCGUGAAGAACCAAAGCUGGUUAGACCACCUCCCACUGGGAAAGACGAUGCAGCUCCCAACCAAUACUCAGAGGCACGACAGCAUGAGCCUGAUACAAACCAGGGCUCUGUCUGCCUUUCCAGCAACCCUGGUGUGCAUGUGCCAGCAGGAGACCAUCCCAGGGUAGGGGUCAGCAGCCCGUAUGGGAAGCCAGCUACUCAAGACUGUCCUGCUGCUGUCCACAGAAACUCCAAUUUCCUCCCAGUCAGAUCUUCCCAGAGGGAUCGUGUUUCUGUGGGACCGAGCUGUGGUUUCAAUGAAAAGCAAACUAUAAGUAACCAAAAGACGAGCUCAACAUCUAACCCCACACGGGCACCGGACAGGACGCACCCGCACCCGCCCCCUCCACUCUUGGCAGAGGCCCGUGACUCUGGGAGGAUACUGAUGAAUGGUUCUGCACGGGCCCCAGGAAAUUGUGAGCCUCCUCACUGUCCAAAAGAGUCUAGCCCUACUAGCUACAUCAUCUUACAGACAGAGGAAAAACCUAGUCCGUUAACUACAGAUGUUCAAGACACAGAUGAUGUUCUACCAUCCAGCAUUUUUGGGCCAAAGAAAAAAUUCAAGCCUGUUGUUCAAAGGCCAGUUCCAAAAGACACAUCUCUGCAUAGUGCCCUAAUGGAAGCUAUACACUCAUCAGGAGGGAGGGACAAGCUCCGCAAGACUGCAGAACACACCUCAGAAGGAAGGCCAAAGAAACCAUCCUACACAGAGACAGAGAGCGAGCGAUCCGCCCUUCUGGCAGCCAUUCGGGGCCACAGCGGGACUCUCAGCCUGAGGAAGGUGUCAUCCCUUGCCUCUGAGGAGCUCCAGAACUUCCGAGAUGCUGCGCUCUUAGCCCCAGGUUUGGACAAAGCUCAGCAAGAAGACCAUGGCCUUCCACCCCCACCUGUCCUGCCACCACCACCCCCUCCAGCCCCCCAGGCUCCGUCAGCCUCCAUAACGGCUUCUAGGUUCAGCACAGGCACCCUCAGCAACACGGUGGAUGCCAGGCAAGCCUUGAUGGACGCCAUCCGCUCGGGCACAGGAGCUGCAAGGCUGAGAAAGGUUCCCUUGCUCGUAUGAAGUCCUACCACUGCAGAAACCACCUGUACAGCUCCCAGGAUCAUCACUAAAGGAAUCCAAGUGACAGGAAAUGAAACCAACAAGAAGUGGUACUUUCCAGUCUCCAGGCCAACGUGCCCACAGUGGAUUUUCGGUGUUCCUGCAUAAUAGUCAAAGGAGAGAUGGUGCUUUGCUGUGUGGCUUGUGUGCCAAGGACAUGUGAUCUGCCUCUGAAUGCUCACAAUUGCCAAUAAACUGCUCUUGUUGGCAGAGUAAUGGGAACACACAGGCUGGAGCCCAACACUCACACUUGAUUAUAGCCAUGGGCACAAAGAAUCACGCCUUACAUUGAUUUUUGGAUCUUUGAGACUUUGACCAUAUACACUCGGUUAAAAGCCUUUGUUUAAGAUCUUUUGAAUUCUAGGUGGACAAAAGCAUAAAUCAACAGAACCAGUCAGAAUCCAUCACAUGCUACAUGAUGCUCUGUUUCUGGAGUAAGAAGGGUGAUGGAGGAAGGCUGCUACAAGAUGACUUUUGCAGGAUAGUAAAGCAUCAGAUUCCUAUUCCUCACACAGUGAAGCCUCACACCUCACAGAUGAUCUUGGACUGUGAUCUGACCAACUAAGCUUUUAGAAUUCAACUAGUGUUGCCCAGAAUAGGAGCCUUACUGGACCAUGUGAGCAGGCCAUUCCUGGCUCCUUACAAGGUGAUAGGAAGCAAAGAUCAGAACACUGGAAGGGCUGUCCCUUUUUUUAUGGCUUCUGUCCCACUUGUAUAGCUGUCCCCAGUGCCCCCGCAGGCUAUGAAGUGCAGCAGGCCACUCUGAAGGAGCCUUGCAUGGAGCCUGAGACUUCACCAAUAGCCUUCUGAAAUCCUGCAGAGGGCCAAGGAGCAAGGUGUUGGGUACUUACGUGUCACAGAGGGCAGUCCAAAUUGUGCUGCAUAUUCCGUGACUUACAGUUUAUCCUGACACACUUCAGCAUGGUCCAGCAGCUGCUCUGCUAUUAUAUGACAGUCUUAUAGCACAUGGUGGGUAGACACCAUCUUUAAAGAAUUUAAACUCAGCAGGGAGUUUUGUGGGUUGUUUUUUUUUUUCAUGUGUCUCUAAAACCUUUUCUUAUAUGGAGAAAACCAAGAGAGCAGUAGAAGUCAGAAAAAGUUCAUGAUACAAAAUCUCUGCCUUAGUGAAAAAAAAAAUACAUGAAAUCAUUUUGCUGUUUCACCCUGUUUCAAAUCUAGGCAUCAGAUAGAAUGGGAACUUGGUACUGUGUGAUUACCAUUGCUAAACUUUCUCAGUGAAGCGAGAGCUACCAGCCAAUUGCUCUUAGUCACAGCUGUCUGCUCUUUCUCUUAGUGCCACAAAUAAAUGCAACUCCAAUCCUGUAA